UUCAUUGCAGGGGCUGUUGUGGUUGCCAAGCCAAGUUUCGGAGACAGUCUUCCUGUCCAGAUAGAAGGACAAACCGGAAAGAGAGGAUGUCGGGUGCAGUUGCCUGGGACAGAGGCCAAAUCCAAAGAAGAGAGUUUCAGAUAUUGUUGAAAAACCUGGAGCUACUGCACAUAGAACCACUACGUGGUGCUGCAUUUGAUGAGAAAGAUUUUCGAGGCAAGCAUGCUUCGACUACUGUUCAACACGUGCUUCAUGGUAUCUACUUUUCCUACAACAAGACACAAGCAGAGAAGGCUCUGAAGAACGUAUGGCCAGUCAAGCCCGGGGAGCCUGACAAAGAGUUCCGUGGAGUGAUUUUCACCUGGAUCUCAACGCUGCAGGAGGACCCCAUUGCGGCCCCAUUCCUUCAAGGGUUCAAUGCAGGUCUACUGCUGCGUCCAGGAACACCACAGUAUUUGAGGUUUCUGACUGGGUUGUCCACCUUUGUGCUUCAAGACAGGCUAAAGGAUCAGAUAGAGCUGGCUGUUGACUUCAGUCAUGAAGCUUUGCCUAAAAAUGUUAUCAAGUUUACCAUCCAGGAAAAUAAAUCCAGAUUUGUCACUUUGCAUAAGCAACUCAACGAAAUUGAAGCAGACUAUGCCGAACAAGAAAGACACUUCAGAGAGUUGCUGUCGAACUUCAACUUGACACUGAAUACAUUGAGAGUUGAGGCGGAGAGUCGCAUCUCUGAUGAGUCGUUUGAAAGGCUGACAAAGGUCCACAAGGGACUCCUGGAGCAGAAAGAGAUGAUUUCAACACGAAUGGAGCAGAUUGAAGAGCACUGCUCACAGCUGGAGGGAGUGAUCACAAUAGAUCUAGUGGGAGGACUUGAAAAGUGCAACACAGUCAGUGCCAAGUUUUUUCAAGGAUACAACGAAAAAACCUGCGAAGAAAUUCACCGCAGCGUCACUGCGGCCAAAGUGGAGCUGAAUGCCCUAAAUAAGACUGUGGAGCGCCUGAAUGUGCAGAGACAUACCUUGGAAGGUAUGAAAGCAGACACAAGGCAGCGCUUGGAAGAGGCCAUUUCUCGCUUGCCUGCAGAAAUGUUGACUGAACAGGGUAUAAAUACCACAACCAGUGUCACGAGGCCGCAAGUCAAUGUGGAAGAAUUCAUUGAGAGACUUUCAGCUAGUCUCAUAAACCGCAGCAGCAGGAAAAAAUGAUCACAACUGUUUCUUCUUAUGAGAAAAGUAUUUUCGUAUACCAUCUGUGUAAGAAGUCCUGCCUACUGAAGUGUUCAUAGCCAGUGCAAAGAAAAGGACAAUACAAAAGCUUGCUUUUCCUUGUGUUGUUUACUUGCAGAAAUACCAUGAUGUGUUGUGCACAAGCCCAACAAAGCUAUCAGCACAGAUAUAGGUUUCACUCAUGUCACCUCUCAGUAGUCCACACCCGGUAAUGAGGUCACACAAGCCUUGGUACAAUGAACAUUUCCCACUAGCGGCACUCACUAAGGCACUCCACUGUUCCAAGACAGGACACAGGAUGGAACUGUUGGUAACAAAGAAAAAAUUCACUUCCAAUAAAAUAUUGCAAAACUUAGCCAUCAACACGGCAUAGAGAUAACAAAGGUAAACUGCACUGCCUGGCCUUGCAUUCCCGAAGACAAGGUCCGAUGCUUGAGUUGCCCAUUUAAAGCAGGAAAAGGUGUCCGACUAUUCAUCAACCCUGCUCGUUAGGGCUUAAAUUAGUAGGUAUGUAUAUGUUUUAUCGGAAUACUGGGACAAAUAUGCUAAUUCUGACCUUUUGCAACUCUUUGUUCGAACCUCAAUGUGCUGAAAGGUUCUCAGUCUCAUGGUA